AUGACGCAGAGCAACGGCUACACCCCCGCUCCGCUCAAGGCAGGCGUCUGGACGCCGCUCGCCACGCCGUUCGACUCGUCGGAGGAGAUCGACUAUGCCUCGUGGAAGACGCACGUGCUUCGCGUCGCCUCUGCUGGCUCUCACCUCGUUGUGAUGGGUACCAACGGCGAGGCGAUCCACCUGUCCUCCUCGGAGCGAUUCGAACUCGUCCGCACUGCUCGCGAGCAUCUCUCCACCUCCAACCUCUCCUCGACGCAGAUCAUGGCGGGAACGGGUGUAGGCUCGGUCAAAGAAACCAUUGCCAACUGCAUCGAUGCGGCGCGCGCAGGGGCCGAUGCAGCCAUCGUCAUUCUCCCUGGCUACUUCGCUGGCGGUCUUGGCAAGGACAGAGCCGCAAUGAAGCAGUUUUUUACGGCUGUAGCCGACAAAUCACCCAUUCCGAUCAUGGUCUACAACUUCCCCGCCUGCGUGGGCGGCAUCGACCUCGAUUCCGACCUCAUCAUCGACAUUGCCGCCCAUCCCAACGUGUGCGGAUGCAAGCUCACCUGUGCCAACAUCGGAAAGGGCGGCCGUGUGGCCAAAGCGAUCAAGAGGGACGGCUUCCAUGUUUGGUCUGGAUUCGCCGACAUCAUUGUCCCCGCUACCAUGGCCGGUUUCAACGGUGUGAUCGCCGGAAGUGGAAACAUCAUCCCGAGAACACUGGUCAAGUUGCACCAGCUCACGACAAAGGCGGUGGAGACCAAGGAUUGGGAGAAACUCGAGGAGGCGAAGAGACUCCAGGAGGUGGUGAGUGUCGCCGAUUGGGCCCUGUUCAAGGCCGGAAUUCCCGGGACGAAGUGCGCGCUGAGGAGGUGGUACUACGAGUACGGAGUGUGCAGGAUGCCGCUGCAGCCGGCGAGCAAGGAGGUGCUGGCCAUGCUGGAGAAGGAGCUCGUCGAGGCCAUGGACGUCGAGAGGGGGCUGGAGAAGGACGCCCAGGCUCAGGUUGCCAAGGCUUGA